CAGUUGAACCUGGACUGUUGAUGCGGUCGGACGCGCUCUGUUAGCCUAUUUUUUCCAAGUUUAGCGCUGAGGACCCACCGGGCACCCUUGAACACAGCCUCGGGUAUGUCACCAUCAUGGUGAACAGUGUAGUCAUGAUGCCCGCUAGCAAGCUGAUCCCAGAGAUGGCUCACACUCCGAUCAAGUUUUCGUUUAGCAUCAGUUCCCUACUGCCAGAAACUGCCAGCCGGCCGCCGAGUCCCGCCAGGCCGACCUCCGCGGCAUCGUCCGUAUCCGACUUGGAGCUGGACGUGACCGGGAGCGACUCGCCGCCGCCUCCGCAGACGUCGUCCAGCCCCGGCACCGAGAGGGCCGACGGCAAGGACGAGCCCAGCGGCAAGGAGGGCAAGAAAAACGAAAAGCCGGCUUAUAGUUAUAACGCUCUUAUCAUGAUGGCCAUCAGGCAGUCGCCGGAAAAGAGACUCACGCUCAACGGCAUCUACGAGUUCAUCAUGAAAAACUUCCCUUACUACCGUGAUAACAAGCAAGGCUGGCAAAACUCGAUCCGACACAACCUCAGCCUCAACAAGUGCUUCGUCAAAGUGCCCAGACACUACGACGACCCUGGCAAAGGCAACUACUGGAUGCUCGAUCCGUCCAGUGAGGACGUCUUCAUCGGGGGCACGACGGGCAAGCUGCGGAGGCGGUCCACGGCCGCCUCCAGGAACCGGCUGGCCGCUUUCAAGCGGACGGUUGGCUUAUACCCCGGCCCCUACGCGCCGACGUGGGCAGGACUGGCCUCUCCUCUCGGCCAACUCUACUGCAAUCCUAUCUAUAGGUAUCAAGCAGCGGCGGCCGCAGCCAUGUACCCUUACCCCAAUCUCAUCCCGCCGAGCGGGCUGCCAAAGCCGACGCCGACCCACCAGCACCAGUCAUUCUCCAUGGAAAGGCUUCUCGGCGGGUCUCUGUCAGCCCCCGGAGUGCCUGCGGUACCCCCCAACUCGGAGUACCUGCAAAGGCUGUCGCAGACGCCCCUCUUCAACAACCCUUCGCUCGAGCUGUACAACACCCUGCGUCACCUGGCGCCAGCGGCCAUGAUGCCGCGGCCGCGGUUUAGCCCGCCGAUGGUCAGGGACGGCAGCAUCACGCCCACACUGAGCCAGGACUCGCCAAGGCCCGUCAGCCCAGGGUCGUCCCCCGUUCCUCCGACGCAGAGUUUCAAGCCUGUGAGUGCAAAUUCGAGGUCCAGUUAAUGAGACUAACACUUUCGAAUUGUUUAAGACGCGCUAGUGAACUUUUUAUUGUACAAUACCAAAAAUUUAGAUAAAUGAACGUUUAACAAUUGAAUUAUAUUGUGUAUAUUUAAAUAAUUGAUUUCCCGCUUCACUCCUCUCCUCCGCACUUGUAAUUUUUUAAGUGCAUUAACUUAAAGUUGCGAGUACGAUUGUUAAUAUGUAAAUAUUUCUAAUGAGGAGAAAAAAAAUUAAUUUUCGGUCUCGUCCUUCAUAUAGAAGGAAAGAAUUCUUCUGGCAUAAUAGAUAUGUUUGCAUACAUUAUACAAGUUAUUGAUGUAUAAUGUACCUAAUAUCUUUAAUGGAUGAUCUGAGAUGAUUUUGCUCUGUCUGAAAGUGCACGGAUUAAAUAUUCAAUAUUCCGAACUGCAAAA